CGGGUGCCGGAACGCUGGUGGUCCGUCGCAUUGUGAGCGGUUAUUUGUGAAAAUCACUAUCACUUCUUGGAGUUGUUUGAGAGCCCGCUGUCACCCGCGCUCCGCCGCGACCGAUUUCAAUAUGGCGGCCUUCCUGCGCGGCUUGUGCCCGGACACCAGCUGCGGUCGGCCGCUGUUCUUCCCCGGCCACGAGGCGAGCGUCGAGUGCGCCGGCUGCGGCCAGCGACACACGCGCGCCGCCCUGCGCGACGUGGCCGCGGUGCCGGACGUGCGCGCCGCGCUCGUGCAGGCCCUGCGCCGCCUGGCGGCCAGCGACGGCCGCGCCAGCAAGGGCCCGGAGAACGUGAAGGUGCUCGGCUCGUCCAACUACCACUGCAAGCUGCUGUCGCCACUGCUCAGCACGUACGGCCUGGAGAAGAGCUCGGGCCGUGCGCGGUCCCUGCGCGAGUUGACCGGCCAGCCGGCCUUCCAGUGCUCCGUGUUGGCGCCCUACUCGUUCCAGCUGGACAGCCAGCUGCUGGAGACCCCCGGCUACGGCCGCGACAUGUCCGGGAGCGCCAUCUACCUGCGAGACACGCUGGAGACCGUCAAGGAGGCGAACGAGGGCGAGGAGCGGCUGGUGCCGAUCCACGCUGACGGCGACGGCCACUGUCUGGUGCACGCCCUGUCGCGCGCGCUUACCGGGCGCGAGCUCUUCUGGCACCCGCUGCGCAUGAACCUGCAGCAGCACUUCACCAGCAACAUGUCGCAGUAUAAGGAGCUGUUCCGCGAGUUCAUCGACGUGGACGACUGGCCGACGAUCGUGGCGGAGUGUGACCCCGAUUACGUACCGCCGGACGGCCAGCCGCACGGGCUGCGCAACAUUCACGUGUUCGGGCUGGCCAACGUGCUGCGCCGGCCUCUCGUGCUGCUGGACAGCCUCAGCGGUCUGCGCAGCAGCGGUGACUACGCCGCGCUGUUUCUACCGGCGUUGGUGCCGCCUGCCCAGUGUCGCUCGGGCGCUGCUGGCCAGCCGAACGCGCCGCUCUGCUUAGCCUGGAGCAGCGCCGGCAGAAACCAUUACAUCGCCCUGGUGCCGGUCAGAGACCGGAAGCUGCCGCGGCUGCCGGUCACGCUGCUGCCCAAGGUGUGGGGGGUGGAGCAGUCGCUGCGGGACAGCUACCUGGCCGUAGAGGACGGCGCCUGCACCAUCGGUAGCCAGAAGUCGCUGCAGGACGGCUACAUCCAGCGGCUGACGGCCGCCAUGGACGACCUGUUCGUCAGCAAGCACGGCCUGCACCCGGAGCUGGUGGCCGACGCCCAUCUGCACCUCUUCAAGCGCGUCGGCAUCUUCGGCUACUCGCCGCCGUACGUGUGUGACGAGGUGCGCUCAGCGCUGGCCGAGGGCCGCCUGUUCCGCUGCCUGCGCUGCGACGCUGUGCUGGAGCAGCGGCUGGAAGCGGCCUGGCUGCGGCCCGGCGGCUACCUCCACCGGCUGGCCUCUGAGCAGCACGGCCAGCUCGUCAGCACCAAACACUACCGCUUCCCCCUGCAGGGUAUUUUAUGCAGCUAUGAUGCGGAUGCCGACUGCCUUAAAGUGAAGGAAGACUACGGCAUCGCCAAGUGUCCUUGGUGUGAAGGCACGGUGCGUCACGUGGAGCCGAGCGGCCAGCCGCGGUACCAGAACGGCGACGUGACGCGCAGUCCGGCCGCCGCCACCCGCUGCGGCUGCGGCUUCAAGCACUGGUGGGACGGCGCCGAGUACGACAGCCCGCCGCUCGUGUUUCCGGUAACACUGCGCUGGGGCAACAAGGUGCUGAGCGACAAGGUGGUCUGGUUCGAGGGCGAGUCGGAUGAGAGCCGCAACUCAAACGUCUACGAAACAGCCAACCGCGUCGUGGUCAAGCACUUUCCCGGCGUCUUUGGCAUAGAAACUCUGGUGAAGCAAGUGGUCGACCAGAUUCUGGAGCAGACCAAACCGCUGGCGGGAGCGACACUGCCGGCCAGAGAAAGCGCGGCUCCGGCUCAGGCUCAGGGGGCCCAUGAGGAGAAGGAUCCGGCUACCAAAAUCAUUCUGACCGGCAUCAAGACAAUGCACAAGGAGGAGCUGGGUGUCAGCCAAACGGAGCGGCGGCUCCGCGAGCGUAUUGAGCGGAACGCGCCGCUCCAGCAGCGCAGGAGCCAACCGGCCUCCUCUGCCUCUCCCACUCCUGCUGCUGCCGCUGCCCGCGCCUCUGCUCCUGCUGAUCCUGCUCCUGCUCCCGCUCCCGCUCCCCCGGCGGAGCUGGUGCUGCCGUCGGACGUGCGCUACGGCUCGUUCCUGGCCGAGGCGGGCCGCGCGCUGGCGGUCGAGCGCACCCGGAUCCGGCGCGUGCUGCACGGCUUCCCGCCGCGGCCUGUGCUGCUCGGCGAUGAGGAGCCCGUGCCCUUCCAGUGCUUCGUACUUAUGUGA